AUGAUGUCCAGCAUGGACGCCAGCGCCUUGUCGCGCCAGAACCAAAAGGACGUGAGGCCGAUGCUCGACCUCGUCGACGAGAUGCGCCGCCUCGGCGUCGAGAAGGAGGUCCCGCUGCCGCAGAUCGCCGUCAUGGGCGACCAGUCCUGCGGCAAGUCGUCCGUGCUGGAGGCGCUGAGCGGCGUGCCCUUCCCGCGGGGCACCGGGCUGGUGACGCGGUGCCCGUGCCAAUUGACGAUGAAGCGAAGUAGCGAUGAUCGGUGGCGCGGGUCCGUCAAGGUGCUGCGCCAGACGGGCCAGGAGCUUGCCGGCGACAUGAACGUGUCCAAGGAGGUCACGUCGCCCUCGGCGCUGACCGAGGCCAUCGAGGUGUGCACCACCCACUUGACCCGGGAAUCGGGCACGUUCUCGUCCGACAGCAUCGUCGUCGAGGUGCGCGCGCCGCACGUGCCGGACCUCACGAUCAUCGACCUGCCCGGCAUCGUGCGGACGGCCACGGCCGGCCAGGACAUGUCCGUCGUGACGCAAGUGAAUAGCACGAUCGAGAAGUACUUGGCUCAGGAACGGACCAUCAUACUGGCGAUCGUGCCGGCGAACCAGGACGUGGCCACCGUCGACAUUCUGGAGCGCGCGCUGCGCGUCGACCCCACGGGCGCGCGCACGAUCGGCGUGCUCACCAAGCCCGACUUGGUCGGCGACGGCGGCGAAGACGAGGUCGUCGCGGUCCUCAAGAACGAGCGCAAACCGCUCAAAUUGGGGUACGUCAUGGUCAAGAACCGGUCGGCCAGGGAGCUCAAGCAGGGCGUGAUGACGACGCCGCGCGAGCAGGAGCGCGCCGAGCGCGACUUCUUCCGGAACCACCCGGUCUGGCGCACGAUGGACCCCAAGUUACUCGGCGUCGCGAACCUGACGACGAAGCUGACGGCGCUCCUCACGAAGCGCAUCGUGACGCACCUCCCCGAGCUCAAGUACGAGCUCCAGGAGCACUUCAACGCCGCGGAGAAGAAUCUGAUACGGCUGGGCGCGCAGCCGCCGUCCGAGGAGGGCGAGAAGGCGCGGGAGAUCCUGCGGCGCUUCGGCGACUACUCGUCGACGCUGAUGGCGUCGGCCCGCGGCGACUACCGGAACGAGCGGCUCGCGCGCGCGGACGAAGAUUCGUCGCAGCUGCGACUGCGCGCGGUCGCCGACCGCGUGUUCCGGGAUCUGGAGGCGGAGAUCUCGUCCCUCAAGCCGGACUUUGAGGCGCGAGACUUUACGAACAAGCUCCACCAGGAGCUCGCGGCGCUGCGGGGCCGCGAGCUGCCCGGGUUGCUGAACUCGUACUUCUUCUACGGCUUCAUGGCGCGCCACGUCGAGAUGUGGCGGCCCGUCAUCGAGGACGCGCGCGCGGAGCUGUACGACGCCGCGCGCGACGCGGGCAUCGCCCUGGCGGACGACGCCUUCCCGACGUACCCGGCCAUGGCGGCGUGCGUGCGCCAGGCGGUGGGGGACUACCUCUACCAGUCGGGCGACGCGUUGAUCCCCAAAAUCGACGACGUGUUCAAGCACGAGGCGGACCCGUUCAUCUCGAAGAACGAACUGGGCGACGCCAUCCUCAAGGUGCGCUUCGACCGCUUCGACGCGGCGCUGCAGGCGGUGCUCGAUCAGUGCGGCGACCAUCCGCCCGAGGGCCCCGAGUCCGAGGCGCCCGCGCCCGCCAGCUCCUCCUGGGGCCUGGGCGCGUCCACCGGCGGCGACGGCGCCGUCGAGCCGCCGCCGGAAGAAGAAGCGCCGCCGCCUCCUGAAGAGCCCUCCCAGGACGAGGGGCCGCCGCAGCACCCGCUGCGGGAGAUGGUCCUCGGCAAGCUCGGACGGUGGUACAUGGCGAACCACGGCGUGACCAGCAUGUCCAUGGUCGAGGACAUGCGCACCGUGCUCAUCGCCUACUGGGGCGUCGCCGCGAAGCGCAUCACGGAGAACGUGUGCAUGUUGUUCGAGAACCACCUCCUCGCGGCGCUGGGCCAGGACAUCGAAAAGGCGUUGUUGGACAUUGCGAACGAGGAGGGCGCGGCGCACCGGCUGCUCGUCCAGGACCCGGCCAUCGACCGCGAGCGCGAGGAGACGCGGCAGAAGAAGAGCCGCGUCGCCGCGGCCCUCAACGCGCUGCAGCGCGUGGCGCCGGACGUCGUCGCGGUGCCGCCGCCCGGCGCCAAGCGCGGCAGCUUCGCCGCCGCGGCGCCGCCCGCCGUCGACGGCGGGAGCGGCGUGCCGCGCGCGCCUCGCGAGGCGGCGCCCGCGCCGGAGACGCCUCCGCUAGAAACCUUUACGUUCACGUCCAACGGCGACAACGGCGGCUUCAUCUACUGGCUGGGCACGUCGGGCCAGCGCGAAAAGUUCGUCAACCCCAUGGACCGCGGGCGCGUGCGCGUCACGUCGAGCGGCCUGGCCAAGGGCGCCGAGGACUUGCUGGUGGCGCGCAAGCGGCAGCCGUGCUGGACCAAGAACGAGCCCAACGCCUGGAUUUGCUUGGACCUGGGCCGGAACCGGCGCCUGAGCCCGACGCACUACACGCUGUGUUCCGGCGCGUCCGAGGCCGGCUUCGACCUGCUGAGCUGGGCCUUUGAGGGCUACGACGCGGCGCGGGACGAGUGGGUCGACCUGCACACCGAGCCGCCGCCGCCGUUGACCUCGCCGUGGGGUGUCCAGACGAUAAAGGUCGACGCGCGGGGCCGGCGCUGGCGCUACCUGCGCGUGCGGGUGGCCGGGCCGAACCUGAAGAACACGUACGAGCUGCCCGUGUGCGCCUGGGAGUUCUACGGAGCGCUCUACCAGGCGAAUUAA